GUAAUACUGCAGGUUCCAACAUGGCGGGCUUAYGCAGAACUGCAGCAAGAAAGUCCUUGUCGAAUUAUUUUUUCAAUGGUUUUAUUAGACCUGCGCUUUCUAGGAGGUGUAGUUCAAUCACCGAAGAUUCAGUUCAUUCACAAGAUGAAGAUUUUGAAGAAAUGUUUCGGAAUUCUCAAUUUGUGAAGCUUGGAAGACCCGAAGGAAAAAAAGUUCUGGGUAGAGUCACUCACGUGGUGACUAGAGAAAAAAACAAAGAUAUUUAUGUUGAMUUUGGAUGGAAGUUUCAUGCUGUUGAAACCGUUCCUGUAAAAAGGGAAGUCAAUGUUGGAGACAAAGUUGAAGUCACAAUAAAGAGCCUGGAGGCAACAGGACAUUUUCUAGGACAGAGCAAAAGAAUUACGCUCAAUGAAGCUGUAGCAACAUUCAAAGCUAUCAAGGAGUUAUAACACUGGCAAAACAUAUAAAAGAGAGGUUAAGUAUUUUGAUAAACACUGUUGAGGUCAGAGGAAACCCUUCCAACUCUAAUUCCUGGACCUGCUGCUGGCUUCUAUCUAUCUGUUCCUGAUUAUCCAAUGACAAUACUAAACAAACCAAUGCCAAAUUUGGUUUAGGAAUAUCUUGAUUGUGUCAAAGUUUGGUGAUAUGGGCAACGUUAUCACACAAUAAUAUUUGUCUUGCAACAUGGUUGCAUUGCAAGUGGCUGCAGCACAAAUGUUGCUCACAUUACCACUCGUAUUGCGAAGAGUAUAGAGAGUCUUGCUUACAAUGAAAAUUCGCUACAUGUGGAGACUUGGUGGUAUGAGCUAACUUCAUUUUAUUUACAGAAAACUGCUAAGACAUUGUUUGAUAGAGUAYRAACACUAAAAGUGUGCAACACUUGGCACUAUUUAGUAGUAAAUAGUGCUAAUUAAACAAUAGAAAACAAUAGGAUUAGCAUAAUUUAGCAGUAUUUAGUGGUAYUUAUGUUGCACACUUAUAGUGUUUGUACUCUAUUGUGCGUGGAUUAAAUGGAAUCUGUUUUGCAUAAAUAUAAAAUAAAGAUUUUUGAAGGGAAAAGUUUAAAA